GUCUAUCCAACGCCGAAUAACUCUGGGAGCUCUAUAGACGCACUUCCGCUGAACAAACACUUCCGCUGACUCAGCAAGAUGUACGAAGCUCCGUACUCACCAUACGACUUCACCGAUAAGAAUAGCUUUGCCUACGAGACCGUCCUGAAGCGAUGGCCGAUCAUCCUCACUAAUAUCAUCGACACAAUAUAUCGCCGUAACCAUGAUUUUAGCCUUGCUAUAGCCGAGAAGGACCCCUCGGGCGAGGAUAUGAGGAUCACGCAAGCAACAAUAGAUGAGGGUAAAGCGAUCAUCGAGAGAAUCGGCAAGCUCAAAUACGAGAUGGCAAGAGACCGACCUCUUGAGCCAAUACAAGAUGACGGCGAGCCGCAAGUAGAGAUUUACAAUACAGAACUCACUAAGCUCACUGAACAAGGCAAAGGGUCCUGGUUCCAGGUACCUUGGCUCUUCUCCGAGUGCUUCUUGUACCGACUGCUCCGCUCGUAUUUCGUGCAGUCGACGCACUGGAAGUCUUAUGACCCGUUCCUACUCCAAAAGCAAGAUACAUUCAAGAAGAGUUCCAGGGCAAUAUUCCAGCUGGCCACCACGAUGCACGAGCUUGAGCGCGACAAGGAGAAGCUCGCCGCGGACCCUGCUAACUUAAACGUGAUAUUCAAAGAGAUGAUUCAGAUUUGUCUAUGGGGGAAUGCAACAGACCUUUCCAUGCUGACACAUUUGUCACAUGAUGACAUCCAAAACCUGCAGUCCGUUGGACGUGAUGCACAGGCCGCGCGCUCGGAGUACAUCCUGACAGACGACCAGGACAAGGUCUGGUCGCACAUCACGGGUCUCAAGGAUGGGCAGGUCGACUUCGUCCUUGACAACGCUGGAUUCGAGCUCUUCACUGACUUUGUCUUCGCCGAUUUCUUGGUCACCUAUACGCCCUACGUCUCCAAGGUUGUCUUCCACCCGAAGCUGCUCCCCUGGUUUGUCUCCGACGUGACGCCGCCGGAUUUCAAGUCCGCGAUUUCCUCUCUCCUCUCGCCUGCCUUCUUCCCACCCGAGUCAGAGGCCCAGACCACCGCCCAUGAACAGAGCGAAGGGGCGAUCCCGACGCCCUCAGAGCGUCCCGAAUCGCGCACGCAUUUAAGGGAGAUGGUCACGCGGUGGGCGGGGUACCUCGAGAACGGUGUGUUCGCACUAUCCGUUCCGAUAGACACGCCGCUGGGUGCGUCGGACAUCAAGGCCAAUUUCUGGACGUUACCAUAUCCGUACUGGAACAUGGCGGAGCUCGGCCCUGAAGUGUACAACGGGCUCAAGAACAGUGGACUCGUUAUUUUCAAAGGAGACCUGAACUUCCGGAAAUUGACGGGAGAUGUGAGGUGGCCAGCGUGGACGCCCUUCCGCGAAGCACUCGGCCCACUCGCUGGAUCUUUUCCCAUUCUUAGCCUCCGCACGAACAAGGCGGACGUCGUCGUUGCUGUGGACAAGGAGAAGGCCGACAAGCUCGAUAAGAGCGGGGAGCAUUGGCGGUACAACGGAAAGUGA